CCCACCAAAAGGAAAUUAAAAACAAAAAGCCAAUUUUUUUAUAAAGAUUUUAUAUCAGUAGCCAAUCCAUCAAUGCUGAUUUACAAUUUCCACCCUAUCAAACGCCAACCUCUGGGUUCCACCUUUUCCUUUCCUCCCUCUUCAAGCCCUUCUACUUCUCACUUAACGUUUCCCUUCUUCUUAAGCGUUCCUGCAUCUUCUCUUUCCCUUCUUAUUCACCUCCUCUCCUAAUGGCAGCAGAAGGGAAGACUACUGAACCCAAACAAGAACCUAAUAAAGUAGUAGUGGAAGCAAACCCAGAACCACCUCUCAAGUACAAGACAUUUGUCUUGAAAGUUUCCGUUCAUUGUGAAGGAUGCAAAAGGAAAGUCAAGAAGAUCCUAACAAACAUCGACGGUGUUUACACCACAGAAAUUGAUUUAAGACAACAAAAGGUCACAGUACUGGGAAAUGUAGAUGCAGAGACUUUGAUCAAGAAGCUGGUGAAGGCAGGGAAGCAUGCAGAGCUAUGGCCUGAAAAAGCUGACCAGAAAGAGAAAAAGAAAAGGAAAUCAAAGAAUAAAAAGGAGAAAGAAAAAGAGAAAGAGAAACAAAGUGACCCAGAAAGCAGUGAUGAAGGAGUUGAAAAAGAGACUGAAACUGUGAAAACUGAAGUAGUACAAAUUCAAGACCCUUCUAAGCCCCCUGAAUAUGGAAGCCCCCUUAAAAACCCAGAGAUUAUUAACGUUGGCAAACCUGGCGAAGGCGCCGCAGCCAGUAAAACCGCCGCUGGUGAACAAAUGAAGGAGGUGAACGUUGAGGUGAAACAACCUGUGUCCUCACCGCUCGAUAGCCAGCCACCGGUGACUGACAAAAAAGGCGUCAGCGAAAAUGAGGGUGGUGCGGAGAAAAGUGGCAGUGGCUGUGGUGGUAGCGGAGGUAAAAAGAAGAAAAAGAAGGGGCAUAAGGGGAAUAACAACAAUGUUGAUGAGGGUGAACAUUGUGGUGAUGCACCAGCAGGCACCGGAUCACCUAGUCAAGGUCAUAGUCAAGGCCCCGUUCAAUGUCCAACCAAUCAAAGCCCUCCACAUCACCACGUGUACCAAUACCCACCACAUUACUAUGCACCUCCUCCAGUGUACUCAGUGCAUUACAACGCAGCGCAACCCAGCACCAGCUACGGUGCAUCAAUCUCAUACGCGUACAUGCAUCCGGGGACAGUGAGCGAACCUCCACCGUCAGAUGUGGACUCAGAUAUAUCACCGCCGUCCGAUUCAUUUGAGAUUUUUAGCGAUGAAAAUCCAAAUGCAUGCUCAAUUAUGUGAAAAUUUGAGAAGAGGCAUGCUACGUGAUGAUAUCAAUCAAAUUGAAGCUUAUACUUCUUGUAUUUGUAUGGAGUAUGGGGUAAAAUUUUUGUAUUGUAUGUAGAUAUAUGAUUGGUAAAAUUAUAAAUAAAUAAAUAAGAGGGGCAACUGAGGUAGCUGAUUUAGCUUUCA